UGUAAGAAAUGAAAUAAAAAAAUCCCCUUUUUCAAUCUCUGUGCUCUUAUUUCUUUUUUAAAAGUGGAUUUCAAAGCUAACCCGAAACCCUAGCAUCUGUGAAAGCACCCCUUGCCCUCUAUAUCUGUCUGUAUCUGUACAAGUAUAGUGUGUUUAAAUAUUAUUGAUCUAUAUCUAUAAUAUUAGUGGAUCGAUGGAAGACAUGUCACUCCCGGUUCUUUUUGAACAGGCUCGCAACAUCCAUCUCCUCGCUACCGAUUCCUCCCUCCACGCCAAGGAGGAGGUGGAGAUGAGGAGGAAAGGUUGCGAAGCAUUAUUAAAAUGCGAAGAAAUGAUAAGCAAAUUAGGUUUGUUUUCAAGCAACGAGACCAAACAUGAUAUCACUACCGCUAAUCUCAAGUAUCUCUUGGUGCCGUUUUAUCUUGCUGAAUUGACAGAGAAGGCUGCACAUGAUAACAGAAUGGAGAUUUUGAAGGUUUCACAAGCAAAGUUGAAGGAAUUUCUUUCGUUCUGUGAUGCAAUGGAGCUUGUACCCGAAGAUGAGCUGGAACCUUCUGCUCAAGGUCAUAAUGCUGCUGUAGAUAGGAGAGCUAAGAAGAUUGCCCGCUUCAAGCGCCAACGUGCUGCAGAGUCAAAGCUCUUAGAAUUAAGGGAGCGCAAGGAACGACGUGGCCGCUCAACUAAAGCUUCUGCCCUAUCCUCUCCCGUCGAUACUGGAGAUGAUGACGUGUUAGAUGAUGACGGGGAAGAAGAAAGGGAGGCGUGGCUUACUACAAUCUCAUUGGCUAUUUGCAAGGCUCUCGAUCUAAUGGAAAUGCUAAAAAAAGAGGAGGAAAUGCUUUCUGCCAUAAAGGAAAAGCAAGAGCAGGAAGGCAAUACCGAAAUUUCACAGGCCAUCCUUGAAGAACGUGCUAAAACUGUAGAAGACUGGCACCGCAAUGCUGCUGCUCGAGCUCGAUACAUGAAACCCGCAGCACCUAUUACAUGUGCCACUUUUGCGCAAGAUGUUUUGGAAGGGAGGGCGAAAGUUUCACAGUCACAUGAUCACAAACACCAACCACUCAUGUUUGGACCAGCCCGUCUUGUAGGUGGAAAUAUAACAAGUGAAAGGGAAAGGAUUGCUGCACAGGUUUUCCAACCUAGUCACAGAAUGCCAACGAUGAGCAUAGAAGAAGCCGGGUUAAAAGAAAUGGAGAUGAUGAAUUCAUGGCAAGAGCAAACUGCCAAGAUGAUAGAAGAAGCCAAUACGUCAUGGCACAAUGACAAGUGGAAGCCAAGAGCAGGUGGCAGUGAUGAUGAUGAAGAUGAAGACGAUGAGGCUGCACAAGACAAGGCAAGGGCCUUCGAUGAUUGGAAAGAUGAAAACCCUCGAGGUGCUGGAAAUUCAAAGCUCACACCUUGUGGCUAGGUGUCUCUGUCAACUGAUAUGUGUCUUGCCAAAACUGAAUGGCGGAAGAUUUGUUGGUAUCUCAUGACAUGAUGCUGUUUAAAUUAUGUCAUUUGACGCCAUUUAAGGAUAGAUAUGUCUACUGUUCUGGUUACUUUUAUGUUAAAUGGUAAAACAAUAAACACUAUAAAAGAUUGUGCAUUACAAAGUUGUGUUUAUGGCUAUAUGCCUAUAUUUGAAAGGAAAACAGUCAUUUAGUUGUGCAAACUGCAAAGGUCUUGCCUAAGCAGAUUCAACAAUCAGGAAUCUGGUUUAACUGUAAAUUUAGAAGGAUUAUUGAAGUAUUUCGAUGUUGUGUUUAUGGUCAAUGUUUGUAAGAAAAA